AUGACAUCAGAAGAGAACAUUAAUUAUAAUUCAAAUAAUUCAAAUGAAAAUUCAGUACAGGAUAAAAAGAGUGUUGAGGAACAUAAUAUAGACGAUAAAUCUUUAAGGGAUGAAGAUAAUAAAUCAAUAAAGGAAGGUAAUAAUAAUAAUAAUACUAAUACUAAUACUGAUAAUAAUAAUAAUAACAAUAAUAAUAGUAGUAAUAUAUCUAUAAAGGGUGAUGAAGAAGAACAUGAUGAAAAAUCUUUAGGAGAAGAUAAUAAAUCCGUAAAGGAUGAUGAAUCAGAGGCAGAAAAAUUAAGAAGACUUAUAGCACCUUUAUCAAAAGAACAGCUGAUUGAUAUAUUAGCUACCUCUGCUUUAAUACAUGAAGAUAUACGGGAAAAAUGUAACGAAGCAGUAGCUUCUUCUCCUUCAACUAGACGUUUGAUGGUAAGAAAUAUUCCUUUUAGUACGAGAGAUGAACAAUUUUUGAAAUAUUUUGAAAGUUUUGGUGAAAUUGAAGAUGGCAUAAUUGUUAGAGAAAAGGAAGGUAGGUCAAAAGGUUAUGGUUUUGUUACAUUUAAAUAUGUGGAAUCAGUUCAAAAAUGUUUGAAAAGUAGUCAUACAUUGGAUAAUAAAGAAUUACAAGUACGUUUAGUUGCUGAUCCUUUUACUGAUCAUUAUCAAAACAAAUUAUUUGUAAGAAACUUAUCUCAAAAAACAAAUGUUAGCACAUUACGUUCAAUUUUUGAAAAGUACGGAAAAUUAGAAGAAUGUGUUAUUAUACAUGACAAUGAAGGAAAAUCUAAAGGAUAUGGCUUUCUAACCUUCUCUUCACCAAGAGAAGCUUUUAAGGUUAUGCAACAACCUGAACGUAUUAUAGAUAAUAGGGUAGUUUUCUUACAUUUUGCCGUUUCACAAAAUUUAAAAAAAUAUCAAAAUAAUCAAAAUUAUGUGAAAAAAAAUCAAAAUUUUAAUUAUUAUCAAAAAAAUAAUUUAAAUAACAGAAACAAUUUUGUAAGAAGAACACCAAUGUAUCAUCAUGAAAAUGAAGCUCCAAAUACAUUUAACUAUCCUGUAUCAUUUGUUCCGAAUGUUUAUACCAAUGUUCCACAUGGUUAUCAACUUAACUACCCUGGUAAUUUAGAUUCCUUCAAUGCUUUUUAUAACAAUCCGCGAUAUUAA